AUGGCCCCUCCACCUGCGCAGUUUGGGGAUAUCGCCGCCUACGCCCACAACAUCAUGGAAGCAGAAGAUGUCUACAACAAAGUUUUCGGAAUGGGACUCUACCAUUCCCGUGACCUCGGAUUUGUCCCUACCGUUAUCGACAUCGGGGCACAUAUCGGGAUGUUCACGUUGUAUAUCAAGAACAAAUACCCGCACGCAAGGAUCCUCGCAUUCGAGCCUGCGCCCCAGACCUUCGAGACUCUGUCUAAGAACCUGGACUUUCACUUCCAUUCUGAUGUGGAAGUGCACAACGUCGCCUUGGGCUCCGAAGAAGGGACCCAGACACUCACGCACUUCAAGCUGGCCCCGUAUUACUCGACCUUGUACGAGAAGACGUGGGAGGAACUGUGUGACCUAAUGGGUGCAGGAGCUGCUAGACAGACAUGCGACCACCGGGAUGAAAAUGUUUCUGAGGUAGACGUCCCUGUUCAACGCCUGUCUCACUUCUUGCACAACGACCCCAGCAUCACCCGGAUUGACCUGCUGAAAAUGAACGUCGACGGGGAGAUUGACAUCUUGCGUGGCGUGGAUGAUGAGCACUGGGAUAUGCUGCGCCGUGUCGAAAUCAAGGUCUUCUCCAAAGAUCCUGAAGCUCCAGCUGAAAUCGAGCAGUUCUUGAGGUCAAAGGAAUUCGAUGUUCUUAUUACGGAGGAUGAUCGCGACCAUGAUAUCUUCAUCAUCAGGGCUAUCCGUCUUGAUGUCCAGAAUUCAUCUUGGUCUGAAUGA